AACCAUUCUCUCAUUUUCGGUCUUCUCGACCCUCCCUUUUCAUUCAGCACCCUCCGCGCCUGAUCGGAAGCCGACGGAGCCAUGGUCCACGUCAGUUUCUACCGCAACUAUGGGAAGACAUUCAAAAAGCCUCGUCGUCCAUAUGAGAAGGAGCGAUUGGACCACGAGCUGAGGCUUGUGGGAGAGUAUGGGCUCCGAUGUAAGAGGGAGUUGUGGAGGGUUCAAUAUGCUUUGAGCCGCAUCCGUAAUGCUGCCAGGGAACUUCUCACUUUGGAUGAGAAGAAUCCUCGCAGGAUUUUUGAGGGUGAGGCCCUUCUGCGAAGAAUGAAUAGGUAUGGGCUUUUGGAUGAGAGCCAAAACAAGCUUGAUUACGUCCUUGCUCUGACUGUGGAGAACUUCCUUGAGCGCCGGCUGCAAACCCUUGUGUUCAAGUCGGGUAUGGCCAAGUCGAUUCAUCAUGCUCGUGUGCUUAUUAGACAGAGGCAUAUCAGGGUUGGGAGGCAGGUGGUUAACAUAGCAUCUUUCAUGGUGAGAGUUGAUUCUCAGAAGCAUAUUGACUUCUCUCUCACUAGUCCCUUCGGAGGUGGACGCCCUGGUAGAGUGAAGCGAAAGAACCAGAAGGCAGCUGCCAAGAAGGCUGGCGGUGGGGAUGGAGAUGAGGAAGAUGAAGAAUGAAAGCUUAGGCUAGCUUCAUCCCUAGGAACUAUUUGAGUUUUUUCUUGUUGUCCCUGUGUCAAUCUUUUGUUUCAUGUUUUAUUACCCGACUCUUUUUUCUCCAAAUCUUUAUUGUAGUGGAUUUUGGUACGUUUUUCAUUUUGAUUUAUUUGGAAUAGAACUGAAAUGCACUCUUCUGGAUCUCAAGGAUUUUGUUUGAAUGAAAUUAUUUUGCAAGU